AUGUCUGCUAUAACAAUAUCAGCUGUUCGUUCACGGACCAGUAUUCUUGAUAAAUCUUUAAGUAGAGGUAGAGGCGAGGUUAGCUUGAGCUGUUAUGCUCUUCUUUUUUCCGAAGUUGUGCAGUACUGUCAAAACAGAGUUUACACAGUGCCUGAGCUACAAAACAAGCUCGCAGAAAUGGGCGCAGAAGUUGGUCACAGAGUAACAGAUUUGUUAGUCAUAAGAGAAAAGGCAGGAAGACGUGAAAUUAAAUUAAUAAAUAUCUUAUCAUUCAUCAAAAGUGUUUUAUGGAAAUCAUUGUUUGGUCGCGAAGCUGACAAACUGGAACAUUCCAAUGAUGAUGAUAAAACAUACUAUGUAAUAGAAAAAGAAUCUUUAGUAAAUAAAUUUGUGUCUGUACCAAAAGAUAAAGGAAGUUUGAACUGUGCAUCUUUUGUAGCUGGUAUUAUUGAAGCAGUUCUAUGCGAUUGUGGUUUUACAGCAAAAGUAACAGCUCAUUGGCAUAAAGGAACAACAUAUAUGAUCAAAUUUGAUGAAGCUGUCAUAGCUCGUGACAAACAGUUGGAAGAUCGUUAAUAAAUAAUUUAAUGUAAAAAUCAAUUAGUGGAUAAGUUUAUACUAUAAACCUUAAAACUUUAAAAACAAUCUUUUUUCUAUGUGUUAGAUAAGUUGAAUGGUCCAAUGAUAUUAAUAAUUUUG